GAAUUAAUACAAAUUAGCCAACUCGUAAAAUAUGUACGAAUUCUCGUGAGAUAGCGUUGGAAAUGCUGAAAAUGCAUCAUAAAAUUAUUUUUAUCUGCUUAUGCUUAUUUUAGUAGAAGGGUAUCAACUCAUUUGUCAGUCUGUAUCAGAUUUCUGUUAGUGAUCAUUCUUGAAAAACUUCACUAUGUGUUGCAAUCUCACAGUAAUGAUUACAUAGACAUGUUACUUGGUGAUUAUUUUAUAGUAGCUAAAACAUCUGUCCUACAACAAAAUAAAUGUAAUAUCAUGUUUCGUCUUGUAGUUGUGCAUCCUGCUCAAUACAGAUCUUACACAUCUUACAUUGUUAUUUAUCAGGUCAUACAAAUAUAUGUGCCAGAUAACAAUCAUUUUGUAAAUACAGAAGACAUUGUGAGACCAUAUAUGCAAAUUUGUCACUAAAUCCUUAGCUGCACAUGUAGUUAAUGUUAAACAAGAACUUUGAACUUAAAGCCUUUCUCUGUCUUUAUUUCAUCUUAAAUUCGAAUAAAUUCUCACACCCCACAGUUUUCUCUUACAUUUCGGCACCAUGAAAUGUGCAGAGACCGGUAAGCUGAAUCUGAGACGCGAGCUGGGCCUUACCAGCGCCGUAUCUAUAGUUGCGGGGAUCAUGAUAGGUUCUGGGAUUUUUAUGUCUCCGCAAUUUGUACUGGUUUACGUUGGGAGUCCUGGGACAAGUUUGGUCAUCUGGGCAGUUUGUGGUAUAAUCUGCAUCUGCGCUGCUUUCUCAUAUGCUGAGAUGGGCACGAUCAUCAGAGAAUCUGGAGGAGACUAUGUAUACAUCCUGCGUGUUUAUGGACCAUGUCCUGCAUUUGUUGUGGCAUUUACAACCAUGUUUGUGUUAAGGCCAUUUGGGAUCGCAGCUAUCGCCUUAAGCCUCGCAAAGUAUGCCAUGGCACCAUUUUACCUGGGCUGUACACCUCCCAUACUAGUAGUGAAGUGUAUAGCCGCCUCGUGCAUCUUGAUGGUCGCCACUGCCAAUAUUCUACAUGUACGGUUUGCUCUGGCUAUUCAGGUUGUCUUUUUAGUGGCCAAACUGGUCGGUCUAAUGGUAAUAGUUAUUGGAGGGAUUGUGACACUUGCACAAGGACACUAUGGCAGCCUUAGCAGUGUGGAGAUUGCAUUUGAAGGCACAAAACUUGGUGUCAGUCCUGUUGGAAUGGCAUUGUAUCAGUGUCUGUGGUCAUAUGCUGGAUGGUACAACUUAAACUAUGUUAUUGAAGAAGUAAAAAAGCCUGAGGUAAACCUGCCAAGGGCACUGAUGAUUGCUAUUCCCAUGGUGACCAUUCUCUACCUACUGGUUAACGUCAGUUAUCUAGUUGUCAUGACACCCACAGAGAUGAUAUCAUCUAGUGCAGUAGCUGUUACUUGGGGGAAUAAAGUAUUAGGAGGAUGGGGAUGGAUAAUGUCUGUUGCUGCAGCACUUUCAUCCUUUGGAUCGCUAAAUGGAUCUUUCUUCAGCGGUGGACGAGUUUGUUACGUGACGGCAAGAGAGGGACAUAUGCCAGACAUUUUGGCAAUGGCCCACAUGAAACGGCUGACUCCAUCUCCAGCCCUUAUCUUCACCACUAUUAUAUCUCUUAUUGUGCUCAUUCCUGGAGACUUCCAGGGCAUAAUAAACUUCUUCAGUUUUACAGCCUGGUUUUUCUAUGGUAUUACAUUAUCAGGACUUCUGUAUUUAAAAAUCAAGAAACCUGAACUUCCCCGGGCGAUUACGGUACCCAUAAUUAUCCCCAUCUUGGUGUUGUUGGCCGCUUGCUUCCUGGUGUUGGCACCCAUCAUCGAUGAUCCACAGAUUGAGUACCUCUACGUGACCAUCUUCAUAUUGAGUAGCAUUUUGAUUUACAUCCCCUUUAUUCACUUUAAGCUGUUCCCAGGCGUUUUAAAUAAACUCACAGUCUUCCUUCAACUCUUUCUUGAAGUGGCGCCAACUGACAAAAACCUGUGAUGCAUAGGGAACAGGAAAAUGCAAUGCUUUUCAACUUGUUGAAACUUGUGUCACACCAGGGCACCUUGUAAUGUUGGAAAGUGUUAUAGGUUGUAAAUGUCACCUAUUAUAUGCCUUGUAUGCCUUGACUUGCAAAUAAGCAGAAAACAAAUGAAUGAAGCAAUAAUAAGGAUUUAUGUUUUAAAUCAUGUGUCUCUCAUGUAAAGCAUAUGUAAUUAUAAAAGGUCAGAUACUGGGAGAGUCAUCACUUUAUAAGAUUUAACCCCCAUUGCAAAGUAAUGUAAAGAGUUGCCUUAAUUGUACUUUAAAUUAAAUGUAAAUAAAUGGAUUUUGGUCAAA